GAUAUAGUGAAUGCAGGGUCUGGGGAGACCAGAUAUAGUGAAUGCAGGGUCCGGGAGAGCGGAUAUAGUGAAUGCAGGGUCCGGGAGAGCGGAUAUAGUGAAUGCAGGGUCCGGGUGAGAGCGGAUAUAGUGAAUGCAGGGUCCGGGAGACCGGAUGUUGUGAAUGCAGGGUCCUGGGAGACCGGAUACAGUGAAUGCAGGGUCCGGGGAGAGACCGGGGAUACAGUGAAUGCGGGGUCCGGGGAGAGCGGAUAUAGUGAAUGCGGGGGUCCGGGGAGAGAGCGGAUAUAAUGAAUGCAUGCGGGGUCCGGGGAGACCGGAUAUAGUGAAUGCGGGGUCCGGGGAGACCGGAUAUAGUGAAUGCGGGGUCCGGGGAGACAGGAUAUAGUGAAUGCGGGGUCCGGGGAGACCCGGGGAGACCGGGAUACAGUGAAUGCGGGGUCCGGGGGAGACUGGAUAUAGUGAAUGCAGGGUCCUGAGAGACCGGAUAUAGUGAAUGCAGGGUCCAGGGAGACUGGAUAUAGUGAAUGCAGGGUCCUGAGAGACCAGAUAUAGUGAAUGCAGGUGCCUGAG